AUGCCCGUCGCCUCCAAUUAUCCCCCAAUUGACAUCCCCAACACCGACCUCUGGAACUUUCUGUUCGAGCGAAAAGACAGGCCAUUUCCAGAUGACAAGAUUCUCUACCAGGAUGCCGACACAAAGCGCUAUCACACCUACAAGACUCUGAAGGAUGCUUCUUUGGAAUUUGGAAAGGGCCUCAAGGCUACAUAUGACUGGAAGAAGGGUGAUGUCCUUGCCCUCUUCACACCAAACAGCAUCGACACCCCUGUAUUAACAUGGGGCACAUUGUGGGCUGGCGGUGUCGUAUCCCCGGCUAACCCAGCAUACACAGCGGAGGAGUUAGCUUUUCAGCUAAAGAACUCCGGUGCGAGAGUUCUCGCUACCCAAGCCUCUGUUCUUUCUGUCGCUAAGACUGCCGCGAAGAAAGUUGGCAUUGCCGAGGACCACAUCAUCCUUCUUGGGGAUGAGCGUGAUCCAGAGGCCCGGUUUAAGCAUUUUACCUCUGUGCUGAAUAUUUCGAGAGCUACUCGUUAUCGUCGGCAGAAGAUUAGUCCAGAGUCAGAUGUUGCCUUUUUGGUUUACUCUUCUGGAACCACUGGUGUUCCGAAGGGUGUGAUGCUAUCGCAUCGAAAUAUCGUUGCGAAUGUCCUUCAACAAGUUGCAGGCGAAGGCGGCCAUUUAAGCUGGCAGGGUGGCCCUGAUGGAAAGGGAGAUCGUAUUUUGGCAUUCCUGCCAUUCUAUCACAUCUAUGGGCUGACUUGCCUUAUCACUCAAUCCUUGUAUAAGGGCUACCACCUGAUUGUCAUGAAGAAAUUCGAGAUCGAAAAGUGGUGUUCACUUAUCCAGGAAUACCGCGUUACAUUUAGUUACAUCGUUCCUCCCGUGGUUCUGCUAUUAGGCAAACACCCCGCCGUCGCCAAAUACGAUCUUUCCAGUCUUCGCAUGAUGAAUUCUGGCGCAGCACCCCUUACCCAAGAACUGGUGGAGAACGUAUACUCUCGCAUCAAAGUUGGAAUCAAGCAAGGAUACGGUCUUAGUGAAACUAGCCCUACCACACACUCCCAGCGAUGGGAAGAUUGGCGCGAACACAUUGGUUCAGUCGGUCGCCUCAUGCCUAACAUGGAAGCCAAGUACAUGAGCAUGCCCGAAGAUGGCUCCGAGUCAGAAGAAGUUGCUGUUGGAAAGGUUGGCGAACUCUUUCUUCGCGGACCCAAUGUUUUCCUUGGUUAUCACCAGAACCCGGCUGCUACCAGUGAGUGCCUGUCUGCUGAUGGGUGGUUCCGGACCGGUGAUGUGGGAUACCAGGAUUCCAAGGGUAACUUCUUCAUCACGGAUCGAGUUAAGGAGCUUAUCAAGUAUAAGGGAUUUCAGGUGCCCCCUGCCGAAUUGGAAGGCAUUUUGGUUGAUAAUGAGGCUAUUGACGAUGUAGCUGUUAUUGGUGUUGAGAGCGAGUCUCAUGGAUCUGAAGUGCCGCUUGCCUGUGUUGUUCGCAGUGCAAAGAGCAAGUCCUCUGGUUCGAGUGAACAGGAUGAGGCAGCGAAUAUUGUCAAGUGGCUUGAUAGCAAGGUCGCUCACCACAAGCGUCUCCGUGGUGGUGUCCGGUUUGUGGAUGAAAUUCCCAAGAACCCCAGUGGAAAGAUUCUCCGUCGCAUGUUGAAGUUGAAGUUCAAGGAUGAGUUGAAGGGUCCCAAGGCCAAGCUGUAA